AUGGCUGAUUCUACUAGUGUCAUUUCUGAGAAGAAAAUCGAAACAGACGAGUUUGAUGACGUUCAUUCCGUCACCAUCAAUGACUACAUUGCUGAAACCAGACCUUGGUACAGAGUUCCUCACUUGAGACUCUUGUCUUUCUGUAUAUUCUUGAUCACCAUCACUUCCACCAACAAUGGUUACGAUGGUUCGAUGUUGAACGGUUUGCAGUCUUUGAGUCACUGGCAAGAGGACAUGGGCCACCCGGCUGGCCAAAAGCUUGGAGCUUUGAGUAACGGUACUUUGUUUGGCUCUAUUGCUGCUCUUCCAUUUGCUCCAUUCAUUUCCGACCGGUUCGGAAGAAGAAAGGCUAUUUUUGCUGGCCAGUUGAUCACGGUUAUCGGAGGUAUCUUGCAAGGUGUUUCGACAGGUUACGGAUUCUUUUUGGGUUCCAGAAUUGUUCUUGGUUUUGGUUCAUGUAUUGCUACAAUUGGUUCACCAACCUUGAUUUCCGAGUUGGCCUACCCUACCCACAGAGAGUCGUCUACCUUCUGUUACAACAUUUGUUGGUAUUUGGGCGCUAUUGUUGCUUCAUGGGUCACUUACGGUACAAGAAACUUGGAUAGUAAGGCCUCUUGGACUAUUCCUUCCUACUUGCAGUCUGCUUUACCUACUUUCCAGUUACUCCUCUUUUGGAUGGUCCCCGAAUCUCCAAGAUUUUACGUUGCAAAGGGUAGGGUUGAGAGUGCCAGAAAAGUGUUGACCAAAUUCCAUAUUGGAAACUCUGAGGACCCUAGAGACAUUGCCUUGGUGGAGUUUGAGUUGAGAGAAAUUGAGAGUGCAUUGGAGCAGGAGAAAUUGAACUCCAACUCUUCUUACUUGGACUUUAUCACCAAGAAGAAUUUCAGAAAGAGAGGUUUCUUGGUCUGUUUUGUCGCCAUCAUGAUGCAGCUUUCCGGUAACGGUUUAGUCUCGUACUACUUGGUUAAAGUGUUGGAGUCCAUUGGUAUUACUGACGCUACCAAACAAUUGGAGAUUAAUGGUUGCUUGAUGAUUUACAACUUUGUUAUCUGUGCUACCUUGGCAUGUGUCGUCAGAUACUUUAAGAGAAGAACCAUGUUCAUUUUCUGUGUCUCUGGUAUGUUAUUGUCGUACGUGAUCUGGACCAUUUUGUCUGCCCUCAACCAACAGAAAAAUUUCGAGGACAAGUCUUUGGCUAACGGAGUUCUUGCCAUGAUUUUCUUCUAUUACUUGUUCUACGAUGUCGGAGUCAAUGGCUUGCCAUUCUUGUAUCUUACCGAGAUCUUACCUUACUCCCACAGAGCAAAGGGUAUUAAUCUUAUGCAAUUUUGCAUGUUCAUCGUUUUGGUCUACAACGGUUACGUUAACCCAAUUGCCAUGGAUGCCAUUGAAUGGAAGUACUAUAUUGUGUACUGUUGUAUUCUUGCCGUGGAGCUCUUGGUGGUUAUCUUCACCUUCCCAGAAACUUCCGGUUUUACUUUGGAAGAAGUUGCUCAGGUCUUCGGUGAUGUUGCUCCAGAAAUGGCCAACAGACACGUUUCCACUGUUGAGACUACUAACAAGCGUUCCUUGGAGCAUGUUGAGGAGGUUUAA